GAUUCUGUAACAUCUUUCGCACAGCUUCUUUAACUGAAGAUUAGCUUCUUCAUAAACCUCUCUCAACCUUGAUUACAGCAAUUCGAGUCAAAAUGUCAUCAUGUCCACUAGCAUCCUGGUCCGUCAACACCAAGGGGCAAUCGCCGUGCGAGGUAGUUCAGACGGUGGACAAUUCGUGCUCCCCAAAUACGUAUGGCACUAUCUCCCCUCCUUCUUCUGAGGACUCCUUCGUUCCAGUUGGUUUUAAUGUGACCGCGUGCACUUGUUCCUGGGCAAGUUACAACUUGCUAAGUGCCUGUAUGUUUUGUGCCACCGAAUCGCCCUCUUUGGUGAGCUGGGAUGUAUGGAAAACGAAUUGCGGUAACCUGACGUCAACAACAACAUACUUUCCCUGGGAUGCGGGCAAAUGGCUUCCUUCCAAUGAAUCAAUAAUACCUUAUUAUGCAAGCUACAAUCCUAGUAACUACCAAGGUGGCACAUUUAACGAGACCGUCGCUAAGGGUAUCACCACUGAGAACAAUUCCAACUUGAAUGGAUCCCCCAUCACCGAUUCGUCCUCAUCGAGUUCAUCGUCCAGUUCUUCAACCCCUGUUGGUGCGAUUGUUGGAGGUGUCGUCGGGGGAACGGUUCUGGUACUUCUGUUAUGCGGCUUCUUCUUCUUCAUUAUUUGCCAGAAGCGCAGAAGGGCGGCGCAGUUCCCACCCAAAAUGACCCCACCUAUAUGGAAUGGUUCACACUUCGCUUUGCCGACCAAAGAGACUACUCGCGCUCGCGCUCCCCUCGCACCAUCAGGAUACCCUCAGACAUCAGCACAGAUGUCCACUGCUCCUUACGCUAUCCAUUCCAAUCAUAUUCGCAACGUCCCUUCAGUAACGAGCCUCCAUUCCCUCCACGUCACUUCACCCACUUCCUCUGGGCAUGCUAUGCCUUUAUCGCCUUUGAUGCCCCCUAUCGCCCCAGUGUUAUCACCCGUCAGCGAUGCAGCCGAUAUAAUUACCCCGUUCCUCGCAACCCAACCGUCAAGCCGACCAGGCACCCCAGACAGAAAGAGCGCCCAAAAUCACAGCGAACCUCCGCCUGAGCGCGCCACGUCACCGCAAUCUCAAAGAUCACGCAUGAACCCGCCCCCUUAUGCCCCAUCAUCUCCCACGUCAUCAAACCAUACCCACAAUGGGUCCACCUCUUCGAGGAGGUUGUCUCUCAUGAGGCACUUCAGGCGGGAAGGCGGCUCUGGGGACACGACCAUCAGCUCAGUCAUAGGCCAGAGGAGGACGCACGCCCCAAGGAUGCAAUCUGCAGCGAGUGCUGAGAGCGCCAGGAGUCACUCAACCACCGCGAGUGUGAGUGACAAUGGGCGGAGUAUGAGGACUGCCCUUGAACGUACCACGACGACAGCUGCUUCGAGUUCGCGUCGGCCUGCUGUGUAGAGAAUCUCUUUGGUUUUCUUUUCUUUCUUGGACCCUCGUUUAUUUUCCACUGGGUUCAGGCAAUACGUGCAGUAUUGAACUGUGAUCGUAUAUGUUCGUUUAUGUAGCAAUGGAUCUUCUAUGCAACGACUUCCAUAUGGGAUGCGGCGGGGCCAACUGAAGGUGGCAGUGCGGUUACUGCCACACUGAGUUAAUGACAUGAUCAUAUGACUACUCUGAAGGGGCGGCAUACGCGUUGCGGACAAUGAUAACACAAUAGUGUACAUACAUACAGCAAGAUUGUAACUAGAUAAGACAAUCUUUCAAGUUCGAGCUCAUGUGAUAGGGGGAAGCGCAAUCAAGUCCAGUACUUG